AGGUCACUUUGUUCAGUCGUGUGCAAAUGGACAUACAUUUAUGAUGGAGAAACUCAAGGAUGGGAUGGUAACUUUUUUAAGGCUGUUGGAUUGGAGGAUUUGGCCUUGAAUAACUGGGAAAAAAUUGGAUCUUUGAUUUUGCCACCUGGUAACCGGUGUGGAAUGAUGUCCGCAGAAGCUGCUUCUGAGUUGGGAUUAACAUCUGAAACUGCUGUUGCAACAUCCUUGAUCGAUGCUCAUGCUGGGGGGUUAGCACUGGUAGCUGCAGGAGCAAAGGAUGCGAAUGACCUUCAUGGAAGGCUUGGACUCAUAUGUGGAACCUCAACUUGCCACAUGUGUGUAAGUAAGCAACCCCUUUUUGUUGAGGGUGUGUGGGGUCCUUAUUAUAGUGCCAUGGUGCCUGGAGGCUGGCUGAAUGAAGGAGGCCAGAGUGCCACAGGAUCUCUCAUAGAUCAUAUUAUUCAGAACCACCCAGCAUCUACUAAGUGUACACAUGGAGACAUUUACAAUUGGCUUGAGGGAAUAUUGGAAGAAUUAGCUAAAGAACAAUCUUUGGCUGAUAUUUCAUAUCUUGCAGAAAAUAUUCAUGUCUACCCAGAUUUCCAUGGAAAUAGAUCUCCUCUUGCAGAUCCAUCUAUGGCAGGCAUGAUAUCAGGCCUGACUUUGGAUACAAGUGAAAGAAAUUUGGCUCUCCUGUAUUUGGCAGCUUUGCAGUCCCUUGUAUAUGGAACUCGGCAUAUCAUAGAACAGCUUACUUCAUUUGGCCAUGUUAUAUCAUCCGUCCUCAUGUGUGGUGGACUCUCAAAGUCAGAGUUAUUCAUCCGCAUUCAUGCAGAUGCCCUGGGUAUUCCAGUCCUCAUCCCUCACACCAAACAGUCUGUGCUCUUAGGAUCUAGCAUGCUUGGGGCAGCAGCUUCUUCAAAAGAAUUCCCAGACUUAAUCUCAGCUGCUGUGGCAAUGGGAGGUAGUGCUGAUGCUUUUCAACCAGUGAAAGAAUUGAAGAGGUUUCAUGAUGGAAAGUAUGCAGUUUUCCUCAAGAUGCAGAAAAAUCAGAUGGAAUAUCAUAGCAUCAUGGAACGCACUCGAACUGGCAAGUAAACUCACUGGUAAAGGAAGCCUUCUAAUGCAGCUUCAUUUAACUGCCAAUUAUUUGUAUGUCUCUUCUGUGAAAGUUAUAUUUUUCAUCUUAUGAAUUAGGUUGUUGUGCAGGAAGGUUCCUACAGUCGGUUUAUUGACUUGAGGUUAAUACCAUUUUGUUAUGCUGUUUAAUUUAACCCUUGGUUACAAAUAUGUUGGGACUUAGCUAUUAACUAUGGGAUUAACAAAUUAAGAAAAAUAUACUUAUGUAUAUUAAGACAAAUAUUGUUUGUUACCGGGAUCAUCAUACCUUACACAUAACUUACAACCAAUGGGAAUUAUAAUUAUAGAUAAGUGUGUGUGUGCCAGCCUAAUUCAUACCCAGGUUUUUAUUUAAAACUACUAAUAGACAGUGACUUUGGUCACCAUAGUCCACAAUUCAAACCCGAGCCUUUGGUUUAGAAACAACAAUGAAGUGUAAACUUGACCUCUCCAAGCCCAGGUGGACAGUCAGUCACUUUUUAUUGUUGUUUGUAAAGUUAUAGCCCAGGUUCAAAAUCUGACCAGUGCAGUAGCAAGCAAAGCACUUAAAAUUAUAAUUCCCUUUGGUGCGAGUUAUUUCCAAGGUUUGUUGAAGUCAUUAUUAAACAUGUAUGCAUGUUUAAUAGUGCUAAAAAAGAAAUAUCUUAUUGUUUUUAUUUUUACUACUCUAUAUAUUAUUAUAUCAUUAUAUUAUUAUAUCAUUAUAUUAUUAUAUCAUUAUAAAGAUGCAUUUGCUGUUGGUAGCUAUUACAUGUAUUAUUAUAUCAUUAUAUUAUUAUAUCAUUAUAAAGAUGCAUUUGCUGUUGGUAGCUAUUACAUGUAUUAUUAUAUCAUUAUAUUAUUAUAUCAUUAUAAAGAUGCAUUUGCUGUUGGUAGCUAUUACAUGAAAGCUAAGUGUUCUGUAUGUGUCUGUUUUAGCUUGAAGUAGUUUGAGUCUGUGUGUUGUAACUGUCAUGGCAUGAUGAAUAAAGGUACUAUGUUUUUGUAUAAAGGUUAUUUUAAUAUGCGAGGGUGACAAUCGCAUACAAGUUUAGAUGAACAUCAUAUGGUCUAGAUGAACAUCAUAACACUGACUACCAAACCCCCUUAUUGUUUUUGUUGGUGUAAAGUGCAGUUAUAUAUAUGGUAGUUUAAGCAAACCACAUUGUCCAUUAUUAAUAAUAUUGUAUAUGAGGCAUAUGGGUAUAUGAGGCAUGUGGGAAGACAGAAAAGAGAAUGAAAAAAAUAAAAGACAAAGCUGCAUGCAGUGCCUCAUACAAGGUACACUCCCUCCUCAAUUUAAGCAGAAAGCCUAAAUUGAUGAGUGGAAUACUCUUAUAACUUACUAUGUGAAUUGCAAAGUUUUUUUUUAUAAAGUAUAUCAGAUAGGAAAGUGAAAAAACUUCACUAAAUAUAUAAUUUCUUCUUCAGAAAAUUAUUAAACCACAGCGUCUCAUGUCAUGAGAGGCCACCAUAUGUAAUACCUGAAAAUAUUUUUAACAUGAAAAUGAGAUGCUUUUUAAGUGUCUUGAUUAAUGACCCAAGCUUUCUGCAACUCGGAUAUUUACUUGAAAUUGUGUUCAGGCCAGCAUGCAUGCAGGCAGAUUUCAGUAAAUGUAUGCCUGGUUAGUAUCCAAGUAUUUUGUUUGGCAUUCCAAACUAGUGUAUGACUGGAGAAAUUCUCCGAUUCAAAAGACUUAAAAUAGCUUAAGUAACCUGACCAAACUAGUUUCACUCCAUAUUUUCUCAAGUUAUUCACUUUUGCCAAAGUUUAAGUUAAAAUAGGAUUGAAAUGGAUUUACUUACAAGUUUUGCAAAAUAGAGUGUUAUCCAGUCCGUGCAUGUUCUCCAUAGGAGCAGCACAGCAAUUUGUUCCUUAUUCCUACUGACCUUAGCAUUAAGGAAAAUGUAUGUGCAAAGUUGUGCAUGCCUUGUUGGAUCCUGGAAAAUAUAAUACGAACUUUAGUUUAACUUUGCUGUAAAAAUGUUUAGGGAAUGGAUCAUGAUUGCUUCAGUGAAAUUUUCCAAUACUAAAUGCAUUCAAAUUUAUACAAUAUCAAUAUAGGCAUUGUCAGUGCAGCUAUUACCUGUUUUUAUUAGUUAAAGUCUAAUUAGAAUUAAUUAGGUAGUAUUCAAUUAGUUAAAAUUUUACUUCAUUAGUUUUACUUCAAUAGCUGUUAAGUAUGAUCGUGAUGAGAUUCUUAGCACUCUGGAGAAAUGUACAACUACUUAAGAAUAUUUUGUUAUAUUUUUAAAGAAUAAUUAAUAGAAACUAUUUCAAUGUGUUAUAUUUUUAAAGAAUAAUUAAUAGAAACUAUUUCAAUGUAAAGUUGUUUCAUUAGAUUAAGUAAAGUGUAGGACUGUCAUUUCUGGUAGAAGUUCAUAAUGUUUCACAAACAAUUAAGUUCUUGUUGCUCACAGGGAAGAUUUAAAAAAUCUUUGUGCCCAUUAGUGUGAUAAUCAUUCCAGUCAUGUUAAUAUUUCCAAUGAGACUUUUAUAUCUUUAUACAAUAUUACAAUAAACUACUACUUGUAACUAACAUGCA